AUGUGCAACCGGACAGAGCUUUUUAUGCUGUUUGUUUCCAUUUCCUCCUCAGUCAAACUGGUGACCGAGAUAACCACAAGUGCUGCUCACCACACAAGUUUGGCUGCAGAGAAGAAUAGUGCCGGUGUGGCAGCCACCACCAACACAGAACUGCCUCCUUCAACAACACUACAGAAUACCAUUGCAGUCACUACAAAAACAGGGUCCACAGCAUCACUGCAGACUUCUUCACAAACUCCCAACAGGACAGAGGAAACUCAUCCCAGUGUCACUCCUCCUCAGACAAUAACAACCAACACCACGUCUAACGAGACAGUUUCCCACGAAGUGACACUCCCACCAGCAUCAGGCUCAACAAACGUCACUGCAGCCUCCACUGUAAACACAACCAGCCAAGGUCUUUCACCUGAAUGGACAAAAGCUGACUUGGAAAGAAAUCCGGGCCUCGUUGCAAUACUCUGCAUCUUCUGUAUUGUCCUUAUCCUUCUGCUAGUUGUUGUCAUCGUAAAAUGUACCAAAUCACAAAGGUCCAACUUCAAGAGGCUCGAAGACGUGCCGAUGAGCAAAGUGAACGAGGCUUCUCCGUUUGCCCAGUACUCAAAAUGACGGACACUUCACCAGACGUCCUGUCUGCUCUACAACUCUGAUGAUUCUGUGCAGAAAAAAACCCCAGAAAUGUUGUUUACACAACACCAUUUCUAUGUAUAUCUCAGGCUUGUUUCUUUACAAAGCACUUUUUUCAAUGACAGUAGAGUAGUUUUGCUUUAGCUUUGACCUGCUUGUUUGGCUGCUUUUAAUUCUGCUGAUUGGAGCUGAAUCAACUUUUGCACUAACUAUUUCUCUACAUUAAACGUAAAUUGAAUGUUUUCCAUAUUGGUGAUGUAUUUCUUUGUAAGCACUUUGUAGAAUUCAUAAUUGCACACUUACAAAUGAUGUUACAAGAAUACAGUAUAUUUAAAGUUUACAUGAUGAUUUAGGGAUUUUUGUCGUCAACAUUGUACAGGAAGAUGUACUUCCUGUGUUGAAGGUGUACAGGAAAAUACUGUUAUCUGGAUGUAUGAAUGCCUUUUUGGGCAGUUAUUAUUAUAUGUAUUAUUGUUAUAGAUAACAAAACAUAAUUGUAACUGAAAUGAACAAUUACAUGUGAAAUAUUGUAUAUUAUUUAUUGUCGUAUAUGAUGUAUAAAUAAUGUAUACCCUGGCCUGAAUCAUCCAGAAGUUUAUAGUUGAAUCCUAAAAUGGUUUAGAUGAAGAAACCAACUCUUUGUGUUGUGUUCAAUUUCAAAAGGAACAGUGAAAAUCACAAAUUGAACUAUUUUGGGCUAAGUAAGAACACAAAAACUGCGAACUUACCGAGAAAAGAGAUGGAAAAAAGGAUUAAGGCGACAUGAGAGGACACGCUAGAGAAAAUGACAUCAAAUGUAGUGAGGUAUUGUACUUUGGUUUGCUGAACUUCAAAUUAAACUAGUUUAUCUUUGUUGGCUGUGAUUACAUCAAAGCCACAACGUGAUUUGACUCUGUAUAUCUCUUCACAUACAAUGUUGACACAUGAAAUCCUUUACUGAACUUAAUGUGUCUGUUUAAGCUGCUCUUACUUAUUUAUUUAUACAAACAUACAUACACAUAGUAAUGACUGAGACAUUCAGCCUUCUCUCAAUCAGGGAUAAUAUUUUACACUUCUCUAUUUUACUUUUCUGGUAAGUAAUUUUGCCACAUGCUUACAUUCAGGGAUUGCACUACAAUCAAACUUUAAAAAGUCCAGAGGAUCACCAUAUGACCGAGCCUUAAGUGCAUUAACACUCACUGUCAGAAUAUGAAAAGCACAUUAUUGUGAUGUUUUCAACAAAAUAAAACAAAU